UUAAACAUUUGUUAUGAAUGGUACACUCGAACAGCAGAAGUCGACGAGAGCCUUUAAAUUAUCUGUCUACUUGUUAGCUUUGCGGCCAUGGUCCUUUUCAGCAUCAUUUAUUCCAGUGGUUUUAGGAGCCGUUCUGUGUUGGAAGGCGACUGGACUUUUCAGUAUCACUUUGCUCGUCUUUACAAUGAUUGCUGUUCUUGGAGUCCACGCGGCCGGCAAUCUGGUAAACACGUAUUACGACUACAUGAAAGGAAUUGAUAGUAAAGUAUCAGAUGAUCGCACUCUAGUUGAUCACCUUUUAACGCCGAAUGAGGUUGUUAAUCUGGGUGUAGUUUCCUAUGGGCUCGCCACACUGGCCCUUGUGUGCUUGGUUGGAUUAUCAUCAGCAAAAAUGGAACAUUUGUCGUUCUUGUUCUUCGGAGGACUAUCUGGCUCGUUUUUGUACACUGGUGGCGUUGGACUAAAAUAUUACGGUGUCGGUGAUAUUGUUAUUGUUAUCACAUUUGGUCCUUUAGCCGUCCUAUUUUCUUACCUGACUCAAUGUGGCACUGUGGCGUUGUUUCCGCUGUUUUUUGCCAUUCCUGUGGCUUUGAGCACGGAAGCUAUUCUUCACAGCAACAAUACGCGAGAUAUGGAGACUGAUAAAAAAGCCGGAGCAGUAACAUUAGCUAUCAUUCUUGGCCAGCAGCUCUCAUAUGUUCUUUAUUGCCUCCUUCUGCUUGCUCCAUACAUGAUAUGUACUGUGCUUUCAGUCAACUUAUCCGUGCGUUUCCUUUUUCCCCUUAUCACGUUAAAAAUGGCUUUCAAAUUAGAAAGAAGUUUCCGUGAAGGGAAAUUAAUUCUGCUGCCUCAACAGACUGCUAAACUGAACUUAAUGUUUGGGUUACUGUACACUUUUAGUUGUUCAGUUGCUCCCUUAAGUCUACCCAGGUGAAGGCUGGUACAUUGGGAUAUACAUUAGAUAGUUACUGUGGAGUCUGUGUAGCAUGACAGUUUCUGGGGGAGUUUCAUUUUUCAGAUCUGGAGUAUGUAGGUGUUUUAUGAGAAUAAAUGCUUGUGGCUUCGUAGGA